AUUGAUAAAAAGACUGCGGCAAUGGCGUCGGAAGAGAUUGACUGGGGAGGAAGUGUAUCUGAAGAGGGAAUGAUUAUGACCAAAUCCCUAUCAAAGUGUAUCCAUACUGGUCUUUCUAAUCCCCUUACUGAGCCAGUCAACUGUUCACUGAUUAAAGGAGACUAUAUUUACUUCCAUUAUGGCUGUGAUGGGCAAGAUGACAGAGGCUGGGGAUGUGGCUACCGUACCAUGCAGACAAUGGCUUCUUGGCUUUCCCUUAACUGGACUCCACCUAAGUAUUAUGACAGACCUCCACCGAGCAUCCCAGAAAUCCAGCAAGCCUUGGUUACAAUGGGGGACAAGCCAGGUUCGUUCUCAGGCUCCAGGGAGUGGAUAGGAACGUUUGAAGCCUCCCUGGUUCUUGACUAUUUCUAUGAUGUUCCUUGUAAGUUGGUACAUAUUAGAGGUGGAGGGGCAGAGCUGGAGCAUGUUGCAGUGGAAGAGCUCCAUCAGCACUUUGACAAGCAUGGAUCUCCAGUCAUGAUGGGAGGGGACAAGGACAACUCCUCUAAGGGGAUAUUAGGGGUGUGCACUGGGGACAAGGGAAGCUACUUGCUGGUCAUUGACCCUCACUACUACGGAUGUCACCUGGAGAAGACAGAGUUACAGAAGCGAGGGUGGGUGAUGUGGAAAGGGGUUUCAUCUCUCGAUCAGUCUUCAUUUUAUAAUCUGUGUAUGCCUCAGACUGCCAAAAAGAGAAUAUGACAGUAUACUCUCUCUGUUUCAGGUCUGUACAUGUUUUAUGAUUUGUGUGGAUGAAGUAGGCUAUAGCAGACUGUGGAGUUUUCACAUCUACCUGUAGAUGCUGUGUCAAGUGUCUGCUGCUUUAGACGACCUUUAUUUCUUGUUGUUAUUAUGUAUGCUGUGGUGCCAUCCUGUGGAUAAAAUCCGUAAUUACAAAGUAGUUGAAGUGAUACUGUUAAAAUACUGCUGAAUCUCAGAUCUUCUUUGAUGUACUGCAGUGCGUCUCUAGCUUCAGAAGUAAAUGCUUUAUUUAUUUGUAUUACAUAAAAUGCUUUUCAAGAUGUGGAUAUGAAAACUAAGCUCAAUGAUCAAAAUAUAAGUUGGACAUGAUUGUUUUAAUCGGCAUGGUUAUGCACAGAUACACUGCUUUGUAAAUAUUAAAAGAACAUUUCUGUAAUUCAUUUUGUCAACCAAUUAAUUGUCAUUUUUCAACAAAACAAGCUAAAUAUUUUAUUGC